AUGAGGCAGCAACCUUUCAGUGCCCUCGUGCGAAAUGUGCUACCAAUUUCAGACAGUUUCCACAUCUUUUUGUCUGAAAAGGCCCCCGGUCUUAUUUCAACACUCAUGAAUGACCCCCUGCUGUCGACAAUAGCUUUUACGUUCAAUGACGGGUCGCCGUGA